GGGUUAAAGAGAGUGAGGCUGGGGAAGAGCAGUCAGCUCUUGGAAGAGGUGCUGUCUGAGCCCUGAAAAGUUCGUCUGUUAAUUUGUCCAUCUUUUCAGUGAUGAGACAGCGCUGGGAAGUAUGGAUAAAAAUAUUGGAGAGCAGCUUAAUAAAGCUUAUGAAGCCUUUCGACAGGCAUGCAUGGAUAGAGACCAUGCUGUGAAAGAACUGCAGCAAAAAACAGAAAGCUAUACGCAGCAAAUAUGUGAACAGCAGGAACAGAUAGAGUUUCAAAAAAGUAUGAUUACAAAACUUAAAUCACAGUUGGCUCCUGUGAAUGCUAACAGAGGUAGUGCACAUGGCCAUGUUCUGGUGCCUGAAGAUAGUGAAACAUGGAGAAAUGACACCUCCCCUAAUCUAACUUUUGAUCAGCUCCAUGAAAAACUGAAACUAGCAAUGCAAAGAGAGAAACUUUUAAAGGACCAGUUGGAAACAGAGAGCAUUAAAUUGAAGGAAACUGAGGAAGAAAACAUUCUAAAGGAAAAUAAACUUGUAUCUAUUAUUGCCGUUAAAGAAGAAGAAAUAAGGUUUCUAAAAAACAGAUUAAAAGAAAAAAGUGAAGCACAGGAUUGCAUACAUAUGCCAAUGUAUGAAAUGGAGAUUAAACAUACGAAGAUUGCUCCAGCUAGACAGGAUUUAUCUCCAGGGAUCCCUGGUAUUUUAACUGUGCAUGAAAGGGAAGAUCUAGAGAUGGUUUUCCAGGAGAUGAAGGAAGAAUGUCAUCGAAUAUGCACAUUAGCAAGAAAGCAAACAGACCAACUCAGUAAACUUAACAUAAAGAGAGAACCUGUAAAUGAAAUUCCAUUUUCCAUGCCUAUUCAGUGUACUGAUAAAACUGAUGAACAAGCAGAAGAACUUUUAAAACCUCGGGUUAAAACAGAUAUAAAUAGAGGUGUAUCAUGCAUAACAUCUAUCACACCAAGAGGAGUGGGCCAAGAUGAGGAAGACAACUCUGUAGAAUCACUUUCUAAAUUUAGUGUCAAGUUUCCACCUACAGACAAUGACUCUACUUUCUUACAGAGCACUCCAGAUAAACCAACAGUUCCUUGUACUGCAGUAGCUGAAAAUAUGCUUCAAGAUCAUCAUUUUAACAUGGAUCAUGAAGACCAUGCUAUGAACCUGAGUAAAUUGGAAUGUAACACAUUUGAAACUCAUGGAGUUGACCACAUAACCUCAGCUAUGCAAAACCUAACUACACUUGACAAAACAAAAACCCCAAGCCAUACAGCCAUGCUCAAACAGAAUACUCAGGACAAAACACCAUAUUUGAAAACAGCAGACAUUGGUACCAAACUUGUACAUCCGUACACAAAUCAAGAUGCUACUGAGGUAAAUUUUUCCUCUUCAGAGGCCACUAGGAGGGCUGUCAGAGGACCUCAGCAGCCCUUCUGGAAGCCAUCUCAAACUCAAGAUAAUAACUUACUGGCACAGAGUUAUACAGACUCAGAACUGAAGCAGUCUGGAAUAUGUGAAUUCUGUCAAAAAGUUUUCCCACCAUCUACUACAUCCAGGGGGGAUUUUCUCAGGCAUCUUAAUUCACACUUUAAAGAACAAUCAAUGUAUCCGGAAGCAAGCUGAAUAAGGCUUUGUAGAGAUACUG